UCAAUCCCGCUUCCAACAAGCUGCCACGUCGUCGACUGAGCGCCACCGCUAACCUCUGUCGACUCGCCCGCUUUUCGUCACCCGCUGAUUUAAGAAGCCACGUUAGCCUUAGCUAGACUCGGGCGUCUUCCGCAGAUGGCCUGGACGAUAAUUUUUUUGUCAUAUUCCAUUAGUUGAGUGAAUGUUAGAUGAGUUAAUUGAGUGUUUUGUUGAGUAAGAGGAGUGAAGAAGUUAAGCUAGUGUUAUGGUGUGAUGUUGUGCACUAUAAUAGGCGUGGAAGCGCACUCUUGUUUUGAAAGGCAGCACGGGCGCUGGCAUUUUUUUCCCCCGUUCUUUUCAACGCUAUUACUGAGAUAAGGAAUCGGGUGUUUAAAAAUGUUCACGGUAAAGGGGAAAAAAUGCAAUUGAAGUGUUUGUGGGAGAUCCGAGAAACACAGGAAGUAGGCCGCGUGUUUUAUUUUGAAGCCACAUUUAUCGGGCGGCUAGACGAGAUCACUUCCUCUUGUGUUUGACUCCAGCGUGCAAGUCCCCUCGUCUCGACCAAUCGGUUCCCUCCGCCCACUCGUGUGUAUUCCAGGUGUGACUCGUCUCGUCAAUUUCUUCAUAGUUUCAUAAUUCAAUGUGAGUUAGCAAUAGAAAGCGCCGCGCUGAUUGUCGGCGACAGGCGACUGCUCCGCUUUGGACGGCAGCCAAUCCUCGCCCCGUCUGCACCGUCCGUCUCUUCUUCUUCUUCUUCCCGACUCAAGGUCGCUGCGGAAAAGGGCGAAAGUGCCGCCCGUCACCACCGCGGGUGCGAUUCACGCCGCCGACAAAUGCGCGGGUGCGCGCGCGCAUCACGCGGACAGCCGCCGCGAGCGCAGCCGUGAUGGGACGCCGGCGCUCCGGGAAACGCGCGACUUCGGCCGCGCCGCCGCCUCUGCUGCCGCUUCUGGUGCUUCUCCUCCCGGUCGCCGCGCUCGGUCGAGGCGUCCGCGGGGAGAGCCAGCAGCAUGGCCCGUCGUCCGGCACGUUGCCGCGCUUCGUGGAGGAGCCGGUGGAUGCGUACAUCAUCAAAAGCAACCCCAUCAAGCUCCGCUGCCAGGCCCGGCCCGCCCUGCAGAUCUUCUUCAAGUGCAACGGCGAGUGGGUCCACCAGAGCCAGCACACGUCGCGCGAGCACACCGACCUGGGAACAGGGCUGAAAAUCCGCGAGGUGAUGAUCAACGUGUCCCGCCAGCAGGUGGAGGACUUCCACGGUCCUGAGGACUACUGGUGCCUCUGCGUCGCCUGGAGCCACCUGGGAACAUCCAAAAGCCGUAAGGCGUCCGUGCGGAUCGCCUACCUGAGGAAGAACUUUGAGCAGGACCCUCAAAGCUCAGAGGUGCCCCUGAGCGGCAUGAUCAUGUUGCAUUGUCGGCCACCAGAUGGCGUUCCAGUGGCCCAGGUGGAAUGGCUGAAAAACGACGAGCUUUUGAGCGCUGGCGGCGGCGACACCAAAGGCGAUCACCGUCUGGUCGUCUCUCAGGCGCAGCUCUCCGAUUCGGGAAACUACAGCUGUGUCGCUAGCAACAUCGUGGCCAAGCGGCGCAGCGCCACGGCUGCUGUCGUCGUGUACGUGAACGGCGGCUGGUCAUCAUGGAGCGACUGGUCGGCGUGCAGCGUCCGCUGCGGCCGCGGCGUCCACAAGCGCUCGCGUACGUGCACCAACCCGGCGCCGCUCAACGGCGGCUCCUUCUGCGACGGCGCCUCGGUGCAGAAGAGCGCCUGCGUGGCGCCGUGCCCGGUGGACGGCGGCUGGGGCGCGUGGACCGAGUGGUCGGAGUGCGGCGGCGACUGCGAGAGGAGGCGGAGCCGCGAGUGCACGGCGCCCCAGCCCAAGCACGGCGGGCGGCUGUGUGACGGCGCGGCGCUGGCCGCCGACAACUGCACCGGAGACCUCUGCUCGCAAAAUGGAAAAUUACUGCGUGAUGCCAAGCCGCAAGGUGUGAUAGAAAACGGAGUUGGCGGCGGCGGCGGAAGCGACGUGGCGCUGUACUCUGGCCUGGCGGCCGGCGCCGCCACGGUGGCGCUGCUGAUCGUCGGCGUCACCGUGUACCGACGCAGCCGCAGCGACUACGGCGUGGACGUCAUCGAGUCGUCCGCCCUCGCCGGAGGUUUCCAGUCCUUCAACUUCAAGACGUCCCGGCAAGGCAACUCCCUGCUGAUCCACUCGUCGCUCCAGCCCGACUUGAGCGUGUCCCGCACGUACACCAGUCCCAUGUGUUUCCACGACGCCAUGGACAAGGAGCUCCUGGACCCCCUGCCCGACCUCAAGACCAAAGGGGUCGCAGAGGGUCCCGAUUUCCACCCCCGGACGUUCCCGAGGGGGCUGUCCCCGGACUACCGGGCGGUGGUCGCGGGCGCCACGCUCGGCCGAGGAGAGAGGAACCCGUUCGGCCCGCGGCGGGCGGCGCCGGCGCCCGCGGUCCGGCCGCGGCACAAAGCCGCGGCCGUGCUGGGGCACGCGGGGGGUCGCCUGGUGGUGCCCAACACAGGCGUCAGUCUUCUGGUGCCGGUCGGGGGGAUCGCUCCGGACACCACGUGGGAGACCACCGUUAUCGUCAGCCAGGAGGACAGCAGCUCGACGCCGGGGGAAGGGUCGGAGGUCUUCCUGAGUCCCGCCGUCACGUACGGUCCGCCGGGGAUGGAGCUGUCCUGCCCCGCCGUCCUGACCGUGGCGCACUGCGCCGAGGCCGCCGCCGACCACUGGAUCGCGCGGCUCAAGAGGCAGACGCAGGACCGCAAGUGGGAGGAAGUCAUGUGCGCGCAGGAGGAGUGCACUUCCUGCUACUGCCUGCUGGAGGCGCAGCGCUGCCACGUGCUGCUGGAGCGGCCCGGCCGCUACGCCCUCGUGGGCGAGCCGCGGCGGGCGCACGCCGCCAAGCGCCUGCGGCUGGCCGCCUUCGGAAGCCCGGACGCCGCCGACGCCGCGGGCUUCGUCCUCAGGGUCUACUGCGUGGACGACACGCCGCACGCCUUCCAGGAAGUGACGGCGGCCGAGCGGGUCCGAGGCGGGCGCCUGCUGGAGGAGCCCAAAGUUCUGUCGUUUCGCGGGAACGCGCUCAGCCUGCAGGUCAACAUCCAGGAUGUCCCGCAGAUGUUUUGGAGCAUCAAGCCUUUCACCGCCUGCCAGGAGUUCUCCUUCUGUCAGGUGUGGUGGGGCAAACAGCGCCCCCUGCAGUGUGCCUUCUCCCUGGAGCGUAACAGCACCUCCUCCUCGUCUUCGUCCUCCUCUCACCUCUCGUGCAAGAUCAGCGUGCGUCAGGUUGAAGGUGAAGAGCAAAUCCUGCAGGUCUACACGACGGUGCAGGCCGAGAACCUCAAGGUAGCGGUCCCGUUCCCCUCCGAGUCCGACGGUUGCGUCGGCUCCCAGGCGGGAUCCCGAGCCUUCAAGAUCCCCCUCUCCAUCCGCCAGAGGAUCAGCGCCACCUUCGACGGCACCAACGCCAAGGGCAAGGACUGGCGCCUCUUAGCCCAGAAGCUGAACCUGGACAGGAACCUGGCCUACUUUGCCCGCCACGAAAGUCCGGCAUCGGUGAUCCUGAGCCUGUGGGAGGCGCAGCAGCAGGACUCGGCCGACCUGGACUCCCUGGCCAGCGCCCUGGAGGAGAUCGGCCGGGUGCAGUCGCCCCCCGGGAGUGCGGGCGACGACACGCGGGGUUCCCUAAACGCCGCAAGGACUGCAGACUGAAAGACAAGACGAACUGCAUGAAUGCCGUUGAGCAAACACUCGCAGGGAAUUCCGAGAAUCGUACGGAAGCUCCUUUCAGGCGAUGACAAACGUCGAGGUGAGGUUUGUGUUGUCGGGGAGGGGCGGACAACAAGCGUCCAUCUUGGAGAGAUGACUUCCUGUUCCUCUUCCUGUGGACGUGAGAAACACUUUGUGUGACGUCAUGUUGUCAUUUUUUUUUUUUUAUUGCUUUUGCGUCGUGUCUUUAAUCGUGCGAAAAGUGGAGGUAAUAACAAACGCAAAAAAAAAAAAAAGUGGAGACUUGAUGCUAAACGUGCUAAAAAAAAAAAAAAAAAUUACAAUUUUAAAAAGUUAGCAUGAGGAAGAUUUAUUUUGCGGCACCUGCUGAAAGUGGACCUCGGAGCACAACCUGGUCCACUCGCUCCCAACAGAAUAAAGUGGAUUUGUGUCCAA